GGUGUCUUUCCCCAAAUAUGGAGCCUGUGUGGAGUGAGUGGGGCAGCCGGGGGUGGGGAGCCCAGUGGGCUUCCUUAGGCAGGGAGGGGCGCUAGUGGGCCGGCUGAGAGGUGACAUCACUGCCUUCAGCACCCUUUAAACCCCUCACCCAGCCGGCGCCCCAGCCCGUCUGCCCCAGCCCAGGCACUGACACUGCUCUCCUUCAAGCCCAGGGACGACCAAGCCUUCUCCGCCCCAACAUGGCCAACAAGGGCCCAUCCUAUGGCAUGAGCCGUGAAGUGCAGUCCAAAAUAGAGAAGAAGUAUGAUGAGGAGUUGGAGGAGCGACUGGUGGAGUGGAUUGUAAUGCAGGUGGGCCCUGAUGUGGGCCGCCCAGAUCGUGGGCGUCUGGGCUUCCAAGUGUGGCUUAAGAAUGGCAUGAUUCUGAGCAAGCUGGUGAACAGCCUGUAUCCUGACGGAUCCAAGCCAGUGAAGGUACCUGAGAAUCCACCUUCCAUGGUCUUCAAACAGAUGGAGCAGGUAGCUCAAUUCUUGAAGGCAGCUGAGGACUAUGGAGUCACCAAGACUGACAUGUUCCAGACUGUUGACCUCUUUGAAGGCAAAGACAUGGCAGCAGUGCAGAGGACUCUAAUGGCAUUGGGCAGCUUGGCUGUGACCAAGAAUGAUGGACACUACCGUGGAGAUCCCAACUGGUUUAUGAAGAAAGCCCAGGAGCAUAAGAGGGAGUUCUCAGAGAGUCAACUGCAGGAGGGGAAGCACGUCAUUGGCCUUCAGAUGGGCAGCAACAGAGGGGCCUCACAGGCUGGCAUGACAGGCUAUGGACGACCCCGGCAGAUCAUCAGUUAGAAGGGGAAGGCCAGCCCUGAGUCUGCCUUUCCCAGAUACCUGGCUGCAGUGUCCUGCUUAGCCUGCCUCACCCACGCCUUUAUAGGUUCUUAGUCCGGACAGCUCCGAGGCUGUCGCUGGGCAAAGAUGACUGCACAUAGGCAGCCCCACCUAUCCCCAGCCUCAGCCCAGCUUCUAACCCCAGAGCCACCACCCCUGGCCCUGUCCCCAGCUGCACCCUCACCUCUACUGUCUCUCCCAUCCUGGAGUAAGCAGGGAGAAGUGGGCUGGGGUAGCCUGGGUGUCAGCCAGCCCACUGUCCUUGGUAGCAAAUGCCCUUUGAAGGAGACCCAGCCCAGCCUCUCCAUCAUUUCCUGGAAUAUUUUUUGGGUUGAAAUUCAAAAAGGAAAAAAAAAUAUAUAUAUACAUCCAUCUUUUCUCAGGCCUGGCUGGCAGUCUGAUUGGUUUAGUCACCUGUUACUAUUCCAGGAGACCCGAGCAGGGGGCAGCAGGGGCACCUGGGGUUCAUGGGUUCCUGACUACUGUCUUCUGAAUGAGUUUUCAGGCCCCACAGACCAAGAGGUUCAGAGGAAGUGGGCUGUGGGGAACAGGAGUGACCUGCCACCUGCAAUAGCUUUGGGGAGGCAGAAGGGAGGAAAAGUGGGAAGUGGUGGAAUUGUUAGGAUUUUUAUACUUCUGGUUUUUAUUUUGGAAAAGCUGUGCAGAAAAAAAUUCAACAAAAUGUUGCUGUGAAAAGUAAAAAUCAAAUUU